UUAUAAUAAUAUAAAGCUCCCACGCAGAUAGUAGUCGGUCAGUCGGUCGGUCAUACAUAUUCAGUCUACAGUAAGUAAUUCCAACGGAAACAGUCAAUGGCAUCGCCGGAGGCGUGGCUUUUGCUGGAGGAUGGGAAUGAUAGUAAUAAUAUUACUAAUGUUAAGCCGCUGAGCAAGGACAUGAGGAAUGGCGGCGUCCGGACAGUCCACAACCUGUCUUCCUCGUCCCUGCGCAAGAAAUCCGAUUUGGUGCUGCUUCCCAAGGUCCGGGCACCGAUUUUCCGAAGAUUUUUGGAUCAUUUUUCCGAGGUUUUUCUCGCGACGAAGCUUUCGGUAUUGUUUGUGGCCAUUCCCUUCGCCAUUGUUGCUCAAUGUCGCCAUUUCGCAAGUCCAUGGGUGUUCGCGUUAAGUUUCGUGGGACUCAUCCCGCUCGCAGAACGAGUCAGUUUCCUCACCGAGCAAAUUGCUUUCUACACUGGCUCAACAGUUGGGGGGCUAAUGAACGCCACAUGUGGGAAUGCAACAGAGCUGAUAAUCGCCAUAUUUGCUUUGAUUCAGAACAAAGUGGAUGUUGUCAAGUUCUCACUGUUGGGGUCGAUACUCUCCAACCUUCUUCUGGUCCUCGGCAGCUCUUUUUUCUGCGGCGGCAUGGCCAACAUGUUCAAGGAACAAAAGUUUGACAGAUGUCUGCAGAAACAAACCGAUGUCAACUUACUACUUCUGUUGCUGGGAUUGUUGUGCCACGUGCUUCCUUUAAUGUUCAAGUUUACCGGACAAUCGCCCCAACUAGCAGCAGUCGCCGCGCUUGAAUUGUCGCGGGCAAGUGCAAUCAUAAUGCUGAUUGCUUACAUACUCUAUCUGUUCUUCCAGUUGUGGACUCAGAAGCCGUUGUUUGACGCUCCGGAGGGAGAUGAAGCGGCUGGCCUCCCCGAGCCAGAGGAGUCGCCGGUAAUUGAGCUGUGGGCAGCCAUUGUAUGGUUAAUUUUAAUGACCCUGGCUGUGGCUCUUCUCUCCGAGUAUAUAGUGGACACCAUUGAAGCUGCAUCGAAUACUUGGGGGAUGUCGGUCGGAUUCAUCAGUGUAAUUUUGCUACCUAUAGUUGGAAAUGCAGCUGAGCAUGCAGCCGCCAUUAUUUUUGCGUUCAAGAACAAAUUGGAUAUCUCUUUAGGCGUUGCGCUGGGAUCAGCAACUCAAAUUUCCAUGUUUGUGGUCCCUUUAACUGUAUUAGUUUCAUGGAUGCUUGGAGGCACAAUGGAUCUUGAUCUCAAUCUCCUUCAGACAAGUGCUCUUACUCUAGCAAUAAUAAUCACGACAUUCACAUUGCAGGAUGGAACGUCGAAUUAUAUAAAGGGUUUGGUGCUAAUGCUAUCCUACCUCGUCAUUGGGGCGUGCUUUUUUGUGUAUAAGGCUCCACUCAAUGCUAACAUUGUCGAGACUUGGUGAUGGGAGUCUCAUAUAUAUAGAUAUAUGAAUUGAGGCAACUAAAUCUGCUGUUACACGAGAGGUACUCAAUGCAGUGGAUGCUCUAUUCCAUGAUUCCAUCAAGUACUGAAAUAAUGGCGACUGGAGCACGAGGGGUAGAAGUGUAAGUGCAGUGGGAUCAUUGGACAUCUGUGUGGAUAUAUGUAUCCGGAGAGGACGAUGUCCUAAUAAUAGAUGGCUUGUUAGUUACAAGGUUGUUCUAAAACGGCAGGAGAUCAAGAAGCGAGAAUAAGAAGAACACAGAUUAUAUCAUGCUUGUGAUGUUUCAUUUUGUGCUUUAUGAUUAUUUUGUUGCUUUUCUUUUUUUUCUGGGCCUUUCAGUUUGUCGGAAGGUAUUGCGGAAUGAAAUGGGCGGUGGUCGUAGAACUUGUACAUAAUUUUCCUAAAAUAAAUUACAAUGCUUUCCAUA